ACUAUUAAAGUAACAUGUUGUAAAAUAAUUCGAAGUUUCAUUUUUGAGAAGUUGGUUUAUAGUUAUUGCUUUUGUUAAGUAAAAAAAAUGUCAUUAGAAAAAAAUCAUGCAAUUGCAGCUAUAGUAUUCGGAGGCAUUGAAUCAGCAAUCGGAGUAAUUGUAUCAAUAACAUCAUUUGUAAUGGCUGGAAAAGCAAGAUUAAGCUUAUCCUUGACACCAUAUUGGGCCGGACUUAUUUUUCUUAUUCCUGGAAUACUUGGUCUUGUAUCUGGUUUUACGAAAAACCGCUGCUGUAUGAUAGCUUUUAUGGUAUUGAACAUCAUUUGUUUCCUUGUUGAAAGCAUUGCGGCAAUACUGUUAGGUCUUGUUUUCACCUUCUGGAAAUUUGCAUCUAAUGUUUUGAAUUGUCGGUAUAGUAAAAUGGAAUCGGCCUGCUACUGCCACAAUGAAAAGAUUGAAGGAGUUGAUAGUUGCGAUGUUUUGACAACAAUUUCUUCAAUUCUCACCAUGGUUCUCGUAUUUGUUAUUAUUUCCGUUAUAGUUUCAUUAGCUGCAAGUAUUCUUGGAUGUGCUGCUGUUUGUUGUAAUAGU